GCGUGUUGCAGUCAGCUGGGCGCCGAUGAAGCAGCAUCAUGGCGGCGUCCGCUGUUAGCGUGCACUGUACCUUACGGAAGGCGAUGGUUCCGUCGUUGGUGGUGAUUUUAGGGGCUACCGGCACCGGGAAGUCCAAGCUAGCGAUCGAGAUCGGAAGACGGCUUCAGGGGGAAAUAAUCAGCGCGGACUCCAUGCAGGUGUACCAGGGCCUCGACAUCAUCACCAAUAAGGUGACAGCUGAGGAGUGCGCCCAGUGCAAACAUCACAUGAUCAGCUUUGUGGACCCGCUGGUUAGCAGCUACACAGUGGUGGACUUCAGGAACAAAGCCCUGGCUCUGAUAGAUGACAUGCACAACAGAAACAAACUGCCAGUGGUUGUAGGAGGAACGAACUAUUACAUUGAGUCCCUGCUGUGGAGAGUGCUGCUGGAUACAGGGCAAGAGAACGAGGAGCCAGGGAAUGGAGGAGAUGGGCCUCCAAACAGGAAGUUGGAGCUGGAGAAACUGGGAGGAGCUGAGUUACAUAAACGACUAGUGGAGGUGGACCCCAAAAUGGCUGCCAUGUUGCACCCCAAUGACAAACGCAAGAUAGCCAGGAGUCUUCAGAUCCAUGAGGAGACAGGCGUCUCCCACAGCCGCUGGUUGGAGGAGCAAAGGGGGCAAGAGGGAGGCGAUGAGCUGGGGGGGCCGCUGAGAUACCCAGACCCCUGCAUCUUUUGGCUGCAUGCUGAUAUGGAUGCUCUGGACAAGCGCUUGGAUGCUCGUGUAGAUAAGAUGCUGUCUGCCGGACUCAUAGAGGAGCUCAGAGACUUCCAUGUCCGCUACAAUCAGCAGAAAGUGCAGGAUGACAGUCAGAACUAUCAACAUGGGAUUUUCCAGUCGAUUGGUUUCAAGGAGUUCCAUGACUACCUGACCACUCGUGAAAGCUGCACCCAGCAGGAGAGAGACACACUCCGAGACAAAGGUAUAGAAGCUUUGAAGAUUGCUACGAGGCGUUAUGCCCGCAAACAGAAUAAAUGGGUCCGUAACCGCUUCCUUAAACGACCAGGAGCCAACGUGCCCAUGGUGUUUGGCCUGGAUGUGACGGACGUGUCGCGGUGGGAGGAGUUGGUGCUGGACCCUGCACUGCAGAUCCUGGACAGUCUCAUUAAGGGUGAGGAGCCGGUAAUCCAGCCAAUCAAAGUGCAGGAGGCGGAGCUGAGAAACAAACGCAGCCACCACACAUGUGAUCUAUGUGACAAAGUGAUUAUUGGUGACCUGGAGUGGACAGCUCACCUGAAGUCCAAAAAGCAUCACUAUCAUGUGAGGAAGAAGAGGAAGUGUGAUCAAGGCAGUGAGCAGGCUCCUGAAGCACCUCCUGUCUCUGCUGCAGGGACGGUGGAGAGUGUCUCAGGGGAUCCAUGUGCUGCUGUCGCCCCGGGCGCCGCUGACACCUCUCAGGAGUCUGUCAGGACAACACACAGGGAAGUACCAGACAGUUAAAGACUGGUGCAGACUCUGAACUACGUACUGGCAAAAAUCAUGUCUGAAUUUUUUAUGCAUCCUUGAUGCAGUUGAUUUUUGUAGCAGAGAUGUUGGUAGUCAGUACGAUUCAACAUUGUGCAGCCAAAGAACUCAUUUUCAAGCACUCGUUUGUUCCCACUGUAUGAAAAUAUUUUCAGAGAAUUGUAAAAGAAAAGUUUAUUUUUCUAUUUUUAAAUGACUGUUGCUACGGACUGAAAAUCCAUUUUGAAUGUGUUAUCAUGUCAGGAUUUCAGUCUCUUUGCCUUGACUUUAGCUUUACCACCAUGCACUUUUUUUUUUACAAAUAUUCAAUAAACCAAAGGAUCUUAAAGUUUUUCA